AUGGGGCCAGCUGGGGGUGGCGCUGCUGCAGGGGCACUGCCUGGCAUCGUCGCUGCUGCUGGAGGGCCGGGGCGAGUGGCAAUGGGUGGUGGGGCUGGUGGGCCGGCGGGAGUGGCAGCAGCAGGAGCCAUGCAGCAGCAGCAGCAGCAGCAGCAGCAGCAGCAGCCACAGCAGCAGCAGCAGCAGCAGCCUACUCAGAUGGUUGUUGGUCCUGGAGGCCGCAUGAUGCCCCGCGCCGCACCUAUUGGCAUGGCAGCAGCAGCAGGAGGAGCAGCAGGACCACCUGCUGCAGGUAUGGGUGCAGCCAUGCCAGCAGCUGUUCCCGGACCUCAGUUGGCCAGGCCUGGUAUGCCCGUACCUGGCGGAGGCCCGGGAGGAGCAACAGUAGGUAUGGCAGGCCGCGGAGGACCAGGCUUGGCUACCUCCCAGCCAGGCCUUGGCCGUGGGCUGGUUGCAGGUCGGGGAACAGGCCCGGGGGCAGGCUCGGUAGCAGGGUACAUGGGGCGAGGAGGUCCGGGAGUGGCAGCAGAGGUGGUGGGCGAGUCACAGGGGGGUGCAGCAGCAGCAGGCAUGGGUGGGCGGGGGGUGGGCCUGGCACAGCAGGGCAGGCCGGGGCAGGCAGCAGUGGUGGGUGGUGGGGUGGGCAUGGGGAUGGGGGCAGCAGGUGGGACAGCAGCGGGGGCGAUGGUGGGUGGGCCUCAGGCUGGUAUGGCAAGGCGCGUGGUAGGGGGCGUCAUGGGGGUGGGUGCUCCCAUGGGAGGGGCGGUGGGCACGCUCAUGGGCCAACGCAAGGACAAGUCUGUUGAGAUUUGCCGCAUGGAGGGUUACCACCAAGCAACCUCUCCUCCCAACCUGGCAGCAGACUGGCCGGACACAAUGCAGAUAGUGCGGCUGGUGUCCCAGGAGUGCAUGAACAAUAAGGAGCUGGCAGGAAAGGCGGAGCUGCUGGUGUUCCGGCCCAUGUCAUCCCACGUGUUCCUGCAGCAGAUGGCUGAGAAGAAACUCUGCACUGUUAUUCAGCUGCCGUCUCAAACCCUACUCCUCGGCACGGUACCGGACCGCUCCAGCCGCCUUGUUGGCAUGCUCUUUCCCAAG